ACUAGUACAUAUCUCAAGCAUCAUAACUGGUACCAAUGACUCAAUUAAGUCGUAUUGUAUUGAUCAGUGCUAUGUACGUAUUAAUGUGCAUUCUUGCAGAAGAAGAGCUCUAUUCUGAUCAAUAUGAUUACAUUGAUAUACAAUCUAUUCUUCAAAACAAGGAGUUACGAGAAGAAUAUUAUAAUUGCUUUAUGGAAACAGCACCGUGCAAGUCACCAGAACAAGAGACUAUAACAGAAUUGUACACCGAAGCUUUCCAAACUAAAUGCAGAAAAUGUACUAAAAAACAAAUAGAAAAUAUGGACAUGGUAACCAACUGGUUCGUAACGAAUGAACCCGAGAAAUGGAAAUUAAUAGUUGCGAAGACUGUAGAGAAAAUGAAGAAAAAAGCUGCUAGCAACACAGAUGGAUAAUAAAUCUUCCAAUACAUACUAUAUUAGAAUUUUUCCAGUUAAUUAAAAUAUAAUAUAAUAGCACGUAGUAUAAUUUACACACA